ACCUCGACUUGGCCACACUAUUAACUGGUACCUUCCUCUGCGUUACCGCGCCAUUCCAAGAGCUCAAUAAUAUUAAGCAAAAAUUGUUUACUUUCGGGCACCCAAUAAAAGAAUCCAGAAAAAUGAGGACCGGAGCAGCAAUCAGCUGUUUUCUUUUGAUAUUCAACAGAGUGUGCUGCCAAAGUGGCAGCGAGGAGUACUGGGUUGAUCCGUAUCCCCAAUGGGCUGGUUUGGGUGAUGAUAUAAAUAAUCAGCCGCAUACAUCCUGCGAGUGUCCGGCGGCUUCAGAACGGUCUUUGGAAGCUGUGAAUGACGCCAUGGCCCUUACGUACUUUAAAAAGUUCGUCAAUUUGCUGUUCCAUCGAAAUCGUUUGCAGUACGACGCGAAAUUGGCGCUCCAUAGGCGAUCAUUGCUUUUCUCGAUACUGCCAACGCAAUUGGAAGAACUGGAGAAGGUACAGGAUGCCCGGGAUCUAGACAUUUUGGUAACAAAGAUAUUGGAAAGUGCGAAGGAAACUUCAACUUCUGGCCAGUCCAGGUGGACCUUUCCCGGUCUAAGUGUAUUUUCCUUAUUCAAGGAAUCUGUAGCGCUGAUGAAGACGACCGAUGUGCAAUUCAUCCUGUUUGUGACACUAGCCGCCAUACUUGGCUCCAUUGUGUAUAGACGUUAUAAUGUACGAUUAAUUACGAUUUUUCUAUCAGGUACUUUUCUGUUUGGAUAUUUUCACACCUAUAUGGAGUGUAACAGAGAAGCAGAUGUUGAAGCUAUGAUAGAGAUCAUAAAACAUCAACAGAAUCCAGGUAGUUCGGCCGAAAUGCCCUGGUAUUCUAGACUGGCGAGCAUUCUUUCUCCUUCAUCGCCACAAGACAAGCAAAUAGAGAUGUUAAGGAAGUCCUCGAAGGUCAGCCUUUCAAUCUGCAGACCAGAUAAAGUGUUAUUUAUGUAUAUGAAUGACAUAUUUAUCACACAGUUAGAAAUAUUGAUUGAAAAGUUGUGGGCAGUUAUAAGGAAGAUGAACUCUCGAGAGUCAUUUCCUUAUAACCUUAUAGCACCUAUAAUUUUGGUGGCUUUGGUGGCGUACAUUAUAAAACUUACGUUUAAAUACAUCAUCAGCCCCAGAGCUUGGGCCUCCUUACUCCACAACAAUUCAGCACCGAUCGCCGCACCAAUGGCCCAGCAAUCAAUUGGUUCACGAGACUCCGGUGAAGACUGCUUAUCCGGCGAUAACUUAAAGAUGCUGUUAAAUGUAAUGAGCUCGACAAGUAUUCCACAAAAGACUCAGGCCGUAGCCGCUGUUUCGGGUGUCCAGGAGCUGGUAGAAGCUCUGGAAGCUCCUACCACACCAGAGAAAAAGAAUAUAGAUGAGAGCGAUUCUAGCAGCGGGAGCAAGUUUAACCUUUCUGAAAAUGAUGAGUUCAGCAGCGGAAACAAAUCCAACCUUUCUGAGAAUGAUGGAUUCACGCUGGUCGACGAUCAUGAAGAUGAUAACAUCGAUAAUUUGUAGCGUUUGGCUUUAAGCUUAAUUUGUAAUUUAAGUGUAAUGUCCGUGAUUUUUACCCAGUUAAUUAGAGUCCGUAUAUUUUCCGGCAAAUAAUUCAAUUAUUAUUUUGGUUGAUUUGUCAUAGUUAAAUUUUUAUUUAAAUUAUUUUGCAUGUUCUUAUUUUUAUUUGCACGAUAAGUGUUAUUAAGAUAAAUCUUCAACAAUAAGAUCUUUUAAGUAGGCCACCAAACUGUUAAUAUUUUGCAUGUUUAUUAUUACAUUGCCGGCCCUUCAAAAAAUCGGAUAUAAUUUUUAUGUAACUUUUGUUGAUCCUUUAUAUUUACAACUUGGCGCUCAGGCGAUUAUUUUUUAUAUUAUUAGCAGUGGGCGCUCUUUGUGAGUUGCAUAUUAAUUGAAUGUAAGCGAUAAUUAAAUAUUCGGUUUUUAAAUCUUGUAAAAUCUAAUUCAAUAUGUAUACAACUAAUAUAUUUAUAUAUCUAUGUAUAUAGAUCUAUAUGGUGUGUAUAUAUUUUUGUAAGAAAAAUUAGAAAAGAAUUUCGGUGUAAAUAUAUUUAUUCGUUGUAUUUUAAAUCAUG